UUAUUAGAUAUAUAUACACCACAUAGUAUUGUGUGCUAGUGAGUGUAAGAUAAGGCUUUCAAUAUGGAGAUACCAUACAAUUUUAAGCUUGCAAUAUUUUCAUUUGCAAUUAUUUUUGUAUUAAGAUGGGCAUGGAGAAUCUUGAAUUAUGUGUGGUUGAAACCAAAAUAUUUGGAGAAACAACUAAGACAACAAGGUUUCAAAGGUAAUACUUAUAAGUUUUUGUUUGGGGAUAUGAAAGAGAUGAGCAAGAUGGGUGAAGAAGCUUGGUCCAAGCCUGUUAAUUUCUCCCAUGACACGAUUUGGCCAAGAGUUAACCCAUUCAUACACAAAAUCAUCACAAACUAUGGUAAGAAUUGUUUUGUGUGGUUUGGGCCAAGACCAGCAGUGGUGAUCAUGGAUCCAGAAGUUAUAAAGGAGGUGAUGAUGAAGAAUUAUGUGUUUCAGAAGCCAGGUGGCAAUCCACUCACCAAAUUAUUAGCAACUGGAAUUGCAGACUAUGAGGCAGAUAAAUGGGCUGUACAUAGAAGGCUUCUCAAUCCUGCUUUUCACCUUGACAAGUUGAAGCAUAUGCUACCUGCAUUUAAAUUGACUGGUAAUGAGAUGUUGAGCAAAUGGGAGAAAAUUGUGUCUAGAGAAGGAUCAGAGAUAGAUGUGUUGCCAUAUCUACAAACUUUGACAAGUGAUGCAAUUUCAAGAACUGCUUUUGGUAGUAGCUAUGAAGAAGGAAUAAAGAUUUUUGAACUUCAAAAAGAACAAAUUCAACUAAUUUUAAAAGUGUCACGCACAAUAUAUAUUCCAGGAUGGAGAUUUUUGCCAACUAAAAGGAACAAAAGAAUGAAGCAAAUCUUCAAUGAAGUAAGAACACUUAUAUUAGAAGUUAUCAAUAAAAGAAUGAGGAUGAUUGAAGAUGGAGAAUCACAUGAUGAUUUAUUGGGUAUAUUAUUGUCAUCCAAUUUAAAAGAAAUUCAACAACACGGGAAUAAGAAAUUCGGUAUGAGCAUUGAUGAGGUGAUUGAAGAAUGUAAAUUAUUCUAUUUUGCUGGCCAAGAGACUACUUCAACUUUACUUGUAUGGACAAUGAUUUUACUAAGCCAACAUCCUAAUUGGCAAGAUAGAGCUAGAGAAGAAGUUUUACAAGUGUUUGGGAGUAAUGAAGUUGACUAUGACAAGUUGAAUCAACUAAAAGUAGUGACUAUGAUCUUAAACGAAGUCUUACGAUUAUAUCCAGCAGGAUAUAUGAUGACUAGAAUGGUAAAAACAAAAACAAAGUUAGGAAAUUUGUGUUUACCAGGUGGUGUGCAACUUUUGUUACCAACAAUAUUGUUGCAACAUGACACUAAAGUAUGGGGAGAUGAUGCAAUGGAAUUCAAUCCAGAGAGGUUUGGUGAUGGAAUAUUAAAAGCAACAAAAGGACAACUUGUGUUUUUUCCAUUUGGUUGGGGUCCUAGAAUAUGCAUUGGACAAAACUUUGCUAUGUUAGAGGCAAAAAUGGCAAUGGCUAUGAUACUUAAACACUAUGCAUUUGAACUCUCUUCAUCUUAUUCUCAUGCUCCUCAUCCAUUAAUGCUUCAACCUCAAUUUGGUGCUCCUUUGAUUUUGUACAAGUUAUAGACAUGGUUAUCAUGUUUUAUCUUUUGAGUCAUGUUAUAUUAAUAAUUAAUAUAAAUAAAUGUUGUUUUUUCAAUUAUGGUUCAGGUAACUAGGAGUUUAGGAUUGACAUAGUAGCUAUUUUAUAAGUGAGCUAUAUUAUUUUGUAAGAGUGGAGUACUUUUUAAAAUAUAACUAUAUUAGUGUACUAAUAUUAAUGAUUUUCUUCUA